GCCGAUAAGAUGCAGUACGUCGACGAUUACGAACGCCACCAAGGCAUCCGUAUGGAUCCUAGCAAGAUCGAGAAGAACCCAGGCCUCCGCUCCGUGGCAAAGAUGGGACUGAAUUGUAUGUGGGAAAAGUUUGUUGAGCAGCCGAACCUCCAACGUACCGGGUACGUGGACGACCCCAAAGCCUACUUUGUUCUGCUGAACAACGACAGUAUCGAGGUGAAUGAUGUGCUCAUCGUGAACGACGACCUCAUCCAAGUUCACUACAGGCUGGGGGAAAAGUUUCAAGAGUUGAAACCCCACACCAACGUGGUGAUUGCAGCCUUCACCACGGCGUACGCACGCCUUAAGUUGUACGACGUGCUGGACGGGUUAGGGGAACGUUGUCUGUAUCACGACACGGAUAGCGUCAUUUUCUUAAAUCGCCCUGGAGAGUGGAAACCACCCCUCGGGGACUAUCUAGGAGACCUGACGAGCGAGUUGGAGCCAGGAGACUUUAUCGAUCGUUAUUCGUCCACGGGACCCAAGAGUUACGGGUACACCACGCAACAGGGUCAUUCCACGUGUAGAGUGAAGGGACUUCACAUCAACCUUCGUACGGCCGAUAUCGUGAACCAGACCAGCAUGUUGGAACUCUUGCGCGUUGAAGGCACGGUGGCGGAAGAGCGUCACGUUACUCUCCCUUACACCAUCCAGCGCAAUGUGCACGACAGAACUCUACGCACGGUGCCGGCGCACAAGACAUUUCGUGCCGUGUACAACAAACGCGUGCGACGGGACAUGCGCACUUACCUUUAUGGUUAUUUUAAGUUGUAAAAUUAAAGACCGUUAAUAAAAAGCCUUCUUUUCUGUGG